AUGAACCAUUUACUUAUUGCUCAUAUCACAUCAACUCAAGAAGGCGAUAUAAGUGAAUCUCAUGAUGGCCAAUCAAGAAAAAACAAUUUUGUUGAGUUGUUAAGGAAAACUCAAAAUACAGGACAUUGCGAGGAUGAAAUGGUUUCUCUCAAGUACUCAAUAUUUAACCAAAAAGGACUUCCUCUUACCAAUAAUGCUUAUGCCCCACAACCACAACCACAACCACAACCAUUACAAUCACAGCCCUUACAGCCACAACCAUUAAAACCACAACCCUUACAACCACAACCCUUACAACCACAACCCUUACAACCACAACCCUUGCAACCACAACCCUUACAACCACAACCCUUACAACCACAGCCCUUACAACCACAACCACAACCACAACCAUUACAACCACAACCACAACCACAACCACAACCAUUACAACCACAACCACAACCAUUACAACCACAACCAUUACAACCACAGCCCUUACAACCACAACCAUUACAACCACAACCACAACCAUUACAACCACAACCACAACCACAAACAUUACAAAAUGUUUCUGCUCCUACUCCUCCACUUCUCACCACCGCCACUAAUAACUCUUCAACUUCUCCUUCAAAAACAUCAAGUCCUCCUAUUCCACCCCCUCUUCAUUUAGAUCCACAAUAUUUACAUAAGAAAUCAUCAUCAUCGCCGUCGCCUAGUACACCACCAUUAACGACAAAAUCAAAUCAAAAACCACUUCCUUAUAACGCGUCGUCAUCAUCAUACUCUGAUUCUUCUUACUCGCAUAGUCAUAAGAAAAACAGUUCACAUUACGGUAGUGAUGGAAUUACGCCAUUAUAUUCUACAAAAUCGGAAGAUUCAAAUGGUAAAUAUAAACCAAAACCACCAAAUCCUUCGUCUAAUGAUUAUAAUGAUGACCGUGGAAGUGGCCAUAAGAAAAAGAAAAGAAGACGUAGGGAUGAAUGCGAUUUCUCUGAUUGUUGUACAGUAUGUGGUUGUAUCAGAUGUACAUGUACCUUGUGUAUAAUAGUUUUGGCUAUCAUAUUUAUUCUCAUUGGAUUGGCUGCGUUUGGUUUUGCAAAAACUAUACCAGGAAAAUGUCAAAAUAUUUGUGAUCCAAAUAUAUCAAUCAAUAAUACUAAUCCUAAUGUUAUUACUCCAAACUCCUCCAAUAAUCUUAAUUUAGCGUCGUCAGCUAAUAAUGACGAGAGUAAUUUUAGUUUUAGUGAUAACGCUUUGACGGAUUCUGCGACAAACGCUGCGAAUGAUGCAAUAGAUAACGGUAAAGAUAAGUGUAAUACAAUUUGUAAAAAAGGGGUUUUUGACGCGUUAUAUUAUGGCGGUAUCGGAUUUAUUGCUCUUGGUGGAUUCAUGCUUGCUAUACAAGUAUUUUGUAUGCUGUGUAGGAUUGGUUCGAGUGGAGGUAAAGGAUCUGGUUGUUGUUAUUGUUGCUAA